UGCAGCGACUGUUACUCCACUUUCUCUGAGAGCCGGUUAUCUUCCCUCUGCGUGAGUCAUGGAGGUGAUUUAGGUGAGCGGAGCAGCGGGAGCAGCAGGAGCAGCAGGAGGAAGCAACAGAUCUGCCCGUGCGUCUGCGCUGUGGCCAGGCUGUCUCACUUCACCAUUAGGAGUCCAUGCCAAUCUACACAGCGAACCGAAGAAUCCCCACAAUCAACAUUCCACCUGAUUGCGUCAGCAGUGAUCAUGAGGCUGAUAUGGAAGUCCGUAGACAAGAUGAGGUGUUUCAGGAAGAGGUCAAUGUUCCCGUUUCUUGGCUUCCUCAUCACCUUUCUACUCUUUUUUAACCUUUACAUGGACGGUGGAUAUGUGCUGGAGGCUGAAAAAAGACGGCUGGGGGAGACACUGAUGCAUCCUGCAAACUCUGAAAGAUAUGUCAACACAUUCAGAGACUUAUCCAACUUCUCUGGGACCAUUAAUGUGACUUAUCGCUAUCUUGCUGGGACUCCUCUCCCACGCAAAAAGUAUCUUACCAUUGGACUGUCUUCAGUGAAAAGGAAAAGAGGGAACUAUCUUCUUGAGACCAUCAAAUCCAUCUUUGAUCAGUCCAGUUACGAGGAACUGAAAGAGAUAGUGGUUGUGGUCCACCUGGCCGACUUUGACCUGGUCUGGUGUGAGAACCUGGUGCAGGAAAUCACCAGGAAGUUUGCUCACCACAUCAUAUCCGGACGCCUCCUGGUGAUCCAGGCACCAGAGGAGUAUUACCCGUCGCUGGAUGGAUUGAAAAGGAACUAUAACGACCCGGAGGACCGUGUCCGUUUCCGCUCGAAGCAGAACGUCGACUACGCGUUCCUCCUCAACUUCUGCACGAACCUUUCUCACUUCUACAUGAUGUUAGAGGACGACGUGCGCUGCUCCAGGAACUUCCUGACAGCCCUGAAGAAGGUGAUCACUUCCAGAGAAGGCUCCUACUGGGUGAUGCUGGAGUUUUCCAAGCUGGGCUACAUCGGGAAGCUGUACCACUCCAGAGACCUGCCACGUCUGGCUCAUUUCCUGCUCAUGUUCUACCAGGAGAUGCCCUGUGACUGGCUCCUCAUCCACUUCAGGGGUCUGCUGGCCCAGAAGGACGUGAUCCGCUUCAAGCCCUCACUUUUCCAGCACAUGGGCUACUACUCGUCUUACAAAGGAGCGGAGAACAAACUGAAGGACGACGACUUUGAGGAAGACUCCAUAGACAUUCCUGACAACCCCCCUGCCAGCCUUUACACCAACAUCAACGUCUUUGAAAACUAUGACGCCACCAAGGCUUACAGUAGUAUCGUUGAUGAGUAUUUUUGGGGGAAACCUCCCUGCACUGGAGAUUUCUUUCUCAUAAUCUUUAAUAAAUCAACUAAAGUCAGCAGAAUUAAGAUAGUUACAGGUACAGAGGAUCGGCAGAAUGACAUUCUUCAUCAUGGAGCUCUGGAAGUGGGACAGAAGUCUGUGGAAACUAAACAGGGAAGACAGUGUUUAUCAUACAUCACAUUAGGGGAGUUUAAAGGUGGUAACAUUGAGGUUAACAAUGUGUACCACAAGAUCGGCUUUGACAUUGAGUGUGUGAGAAUAGUUAUUACCGCCAAUCAGAAAGAGUGGCUCAUCAUAAGAACUAUCAGCUUAUGGACGACGCAGCCUGUGAGUCAGUUAAAGAAGUAACAGAGGAUAUUUGUAAAUGAUCAUCAUCAGUGUGUAUAGUGUUAAUGAUGGAUGCACUUCAUUUUGGAACACUGCUGUUUACUGGAUCUAAAAAAAUCCAUAUUUUUCUUGGGUUGUUCAUUGAUCCACUGUACUGUACUGUACUACUGCUUUUAU